AUGGUUUCCUCCUCCGCCUGCCCAGAGGAGGCCGACCCUGCGCGGCACGGUGAGAAGAAGCGAAUGCGCUGCGGCAGCGGAAGCGCGGUGGCCUCGCCGGAGCCCAGCGCCACGGCCGUGGCCUCGCAUGAUCACUGCUCAUCAAGAAGUUUCAUGGAGUACAUUGACGGAGCUACAACUACAUGUGGAAAGUGGCAUCCAGGUGAAUCACAGAGACCUGAAAUUGAUGAUGCCCCCAUUUUCACUCCAACUGAAGAGGAAUUUAAGGAUGCAAUCGGAUACAUUGCUAGCAUUCGUCCGCAAGCAGAAAGAUAUGGAAUUUGUCGUAUUAUUCCACCAUCUUCUUGGAAACCUCCGUGUCCUCUGAAGGAGAAGAGUUUCUGGAAAUGUACAGAGUUCAAUACUAGAGUUCAACAAGUUGACAAGCUUCAAAACAGGGAGCCCACAAAGAAAAGAACACAACCUCGAGUUCAGAGGAAAAGAAAGAGAAGAAAGAGACUGAGGUUUGGGAUGACACACAGAUGUCCUACUUCAAGUGUGGACUCCGAAGAGAAAUUUGGCUUUCAAUCUGGGUCUGAUUUCACAUUAGAGGAGUUUCAGAAAUAUGCUGAUGAGUUCAAGCAGGAAUAUUUCGGAAUGAAAGGGAGUGAUGAAAUUUCUAUUUCUGAAAUUAAGAACCACAUGAAAAUAUGGGAACCAUCAGUGGAGGAAAUCGAGGGAGAAUAUUGGCGGAUAGUCGUAGGCCCUAGUGAUGAAGUUGAGGUGGAUUAUGGUGCUGAUUUGGACACUGCAACCUUUGGCAGUGGUUUUGUUAAAUUGUCUUCUUCAGAUGGAAAUAAGCAAGAUCCACAUGGUGUGUGUUGUUGGAACUUGAAUAAUCUGCCACGGCUGCCUGGCUCUGUUAUCUCAUUUGAAGAUGAGGAUAUAUCUGGUGUUGUUGUCCCAUGGCUUUAUGUAGGAAUGUGCUUCUCUUCAUUUUGCUGGCAUGUGGAAGACCAUUUUCUUUAUUCUCUGAAUUACAUGCAUUUUGGUGAACCAAAAGUUUGGUAUGGUGUCCCCGGUGGUGAGGCAGUAAAGCUGGAAGAAUCUAUGAGAAAAAACUUACCCAAACUGUUUGAAGAACAGCCUGACCUACUUCAUGAGCUGGUUACACAGUUAUCUCCAUCUGUUCUAAAAUCAGAAGGAGUUUCUGUUUACCGUGCUGUUCAGAAGUCAGGUGAGUUCGUUCUGACACUACCACGAGCAUACCAUUCUGGAUUCAACUGUGGUUUCAACUGUGCGGAGGCAGUAAAUGUCGCUCCUGUGGAUUGGCUGCCUCAUGGACAGUGUGCUGUUGAGCUCUAUAGAGAUCAGCAUCGCAAGACAUCAAUAUCACAUGACAAGUUAAUAUUGAAGGCUGCAAAAGAAGCUAUCAGACAACUUUGGAUGAACCUUUUGAAUUGCAAAAGUGGUAAAGGAGAAUACAGAUGGCUGAACACAUGUGGAAAGAAUGGAGUCCUGACAAGUGCAAUUAAGACAAGAGUUAAGAUGGAGGGUGAUGCAUGGGAGGCGAAUGUUCCUUUGAAAAGUAAGAAGAUGGACAAGGAUUACGAUUCCAAUGACCGAGAGUGCUUUUCAUGCUUUUAUGAUCUGCACUUGUCUGCUGUCAGUUGCCAGUGCACACCUAACCGCUUUGCUUGCUUAAACCAUAUGAAUCUUCUUUGUUCAUGCGGAAUGGACAGGAAAAUUACAUUGUUUCGAUAUAGCAUGGAGGAGCUUAAUACUCUUGUAGCAGCUCUGGAGGGUGAUCCGGCUGCAGUUUGUUGCUGGGGACAGGACCACCUAGGCUUAGUUUGCCAAUCUGGUUCUCUGAAGCACAGGAAGAUGGACUCAUGUAAAAGCACAGAAUUUUCAGGAUUAGCGAUUGAUGCCAAUCUUGUUUCUGGAUUUGGUGGCAAUCAAAAUCACUGCCAUGACCUUCAAAAGCCAGCAGGAUUCCAGCAAGAAAAAGGAAUCCAGAAUAAUUGUCUUAAUCUUAACAUAGAGGAUCCACCAUGCAGUUCCAGAAUAAAAGAAGAGCAUGGCAAGGAUAGGAUGGUUCUUGAUCAUAGGCCUCUACAGAAAACUGACAGUCCAUUUAGAAUGACCUCUGAGUGCAGUUCUUCAUUGUCUUUAAAUUGUUCAGCCAACUUACUCUUUCCUUCAAGAAAUCAAGCUAGCAAUUCUGACGUAGCUUGCAAGACUACUAAGGAACUAUUUGGUGUUGACAUUGGAAAUUUGGCAAAGCAUUCUGAUGGUCAAGUUGGUCAAAUGGUAAUGGCUUCAGGGCGAUUUGAUGCAGCGUCUAGGCCAACAUCAAGGCACCAGGUUGAGCCACUAGACUAUGGAAUGGUAAUGAUUGGCAAAAAGUGGUUCAAUAAUCAAGCUAUUUUUCCUAAAGGUUUCAGAAGUCGAGUUACAUUUUACAAUAUACAAGAUCCGAUAGCGCAGUGCUUUUAUGUUUCAGAAGUCCUGGAUGCUGGACCUCUUGGACCAUUGUUUAAGGUGACCUUAGAGCAGGUUCCUGAUGUCUCUUUCACUCACACCUCACCAAUGAGUUGUUGGGAUAUUGUUAGAGACAAGGUCAAUGAACAAAUAGAAAACCUACAAAGAAUUGGAAAAUGUGGCGUUCCUAAUUUUUUACCACCUGAUUCUGUAAAUGGGCUUGAAAUGUUUGGGUUCUUGUCCCCACAAAUCAUUCAGGAAAUCGAGGCUCUAGAUCCCCAUCACCAGUGUUUAGACUACUGGUUAUCAAAGGCUGCUUCUCCAGCGAAAGAACUCCCUUCAGAUUCCACGAAGUCAGCAGUGCUUAAAUGCUCCAGUAAUUCCCAUGUAAGAUUACUUGGAGUUGAGAUCGCAAAGGAGUCUGAAAAAUCGAGUCUGCAGUAG